AUGAGGGGUUGGUUUUUGGUGGAAGGUGCAGAGGAUGCAGAAGGCUUGAGAGAAGGGGAAUCAAUAGAGGAUCAUCUUCUGCAGGAUCCGGUAAUGCAUAUUGAACCUGGAUCUCUGUCUGUGAUGAGAUCUCCACUCCCUUAUCACUUUCUUAAAGAUGUCGACACUAAAGAUGAAGGAGCUGGGGUUGAUCUUCACUUAGCUACUCUUUACGGCCGGAGUAUCUUGCCCCUUGAUCUGUGGGAUGCUGUUUUCUACAAAAUCCGCAUAAACCUUUCUGUUUAUAUCGUAUACUUGGGUGACCGUCCAAAGGGUGAUUUCUCUGCAUCAGCUCUCCACACCAGCAUGCUAGAAGAAGUUGUUGUCAGCUCAUCAGAGUCAAUACUCUACAGCUACCAAAGAAGCUUCAAUGUGUUUGCUGCAAAGUUGACCAAUGAAGAGAUGCUUAAGAUAUCUGCCAUGGAAGAAGUGGUGUCUGUCUUCCCCAAUGAAAGGAAACAACCUCAUACAACAAGGUCGUGGGACUUCAUGGGCUUCUCCCAGCAAGUUAGAAGAGUUAAUACUGAAAGUAACAUCGUUGUUGGAAUGCUUGACACGGGAAUUUGGCCAGAAUCUGAAAGUUUUAGUGAUGAAGGAUUUGGCCCCCCUCCAAAGAAUGGAAGGGCAGUUGCCAAAAUUUCACUUGCAACAACUCGAUACUACCGUGCCGAUGGAGUCUUUGGUAAAAAUGAUAUUGUAUCGCCAAGAGAUACAGAAGGGCAUGGGACUCACACUGCAUCAACUGCAGCAGAGAACUUAGUUACUGGGGCAAACAUGGUAGGCCUUUCCUCGGGAACAGCUCGAGGAGGGGCUCCUUCUGCUCGCAUUGCUGUGAACAAGAUUUGUUGGUUCGAUGGCUGUUAUGAUGCUGACAUUCUUGCAGCAUUUGAUGAUGCUAUUGCCGAUGGAGUUGAUAUAAUUUCUCUCUCUGUUGAAGGAUUUGAUCCUAGAGAGUAUUUUAAUGAUUCGAUAGUAAUUGGAGUUUUCCACGCGAUGAAGAAUGGUGUACUUACAUCGAUUUAUGCUAGUAAUUCGGGUCCUGAUCCUGCAGCAAUCACUAAUGUCUUGCCUUGGUUUCUCUUUGUGGCUGCUAGCACAAUAGAUAGGAAAUCUGUGACUAAAAACAGAGCAUUUUAUGAGAUGAACGGUCAUGCCAAUGGCUCCAGAGAUGAUAAGCUGAGAAUAUUGCUGGACGAUGACAUGAAUGGCGUUACGAUUACUGAUGCUGGUGUAAGAGAUAGAGCUUCCAAGGAAUUCCAUUGA